GUCCGUCCGAAAACGGGAAAAUGAGAUGCCCGAGCUGAGCGGAUGGGAUGUCUGUGUCAUUUUUCCUUUCCUCGUUCUUUACUCGGCUUAGCGCGCGGGAAUGUCGCACCAAUCUGGAAGAUCUUUACCAGAUUUGGACAAGAAGCUGUUGAGAGAGAGAUAAGGACGUGGUCUUUGUAGGGAUGUGAUGCUGAGAGGGCAAUGGCAAGGGGGGAAGCAGUUAUUUCUUUGGCAAAACAGGGAAGAAAGAUGUGAGGAAACUGAAAACACCCCCUCCCAAACCCUCUGCUUUCAUCAUCCGCAAGACUCCUGCAAAAUAACAAGAGAAAGAAGCCGAGUGGUGUUUUCCGGGGGAAAAAAGAAAGAAAACAGGGUCGAAUUGUUGCGGAUGUGAGAGGAGAAGAUGAGCAGGAGCAAAGUCCACAACGUAGACGACAGCGGGGGUGAUCGUGGAUUCUCUUCCAAAGACAUAGGCUCCCCUGGACCCCUUCCCAGGAGGCUCUACCAAGUUUGGAAGGGUAACAAUAAAUUCCUCUGUGGUGGGAGAUUGAUCUUCGGUCCAGAUGCUGCAUCGGUGUUGUUGACUGCUACCCUCAUUGGAGGUCCUGCAAUAACAUUCUGCAUAAAAAUGCUUUUGCUCAUCGGUGUAGUGAAUCCGCUAUUCGGGUACAUCGUUCUGAUUGUGGGAUCAGUCCUCACUGUUCUGGACUUCCUUUUUCUAUUCCUGACCUCUGGGAGAGACCCUGGUAUAAUUCCAAGAAAUUCACAGCCACCCGAAUCCGAUGAAGCAUGUGAUGCAGCUACUCCGUCGAUAGAGUGGGUCAAUACUAAAGUGCCAGAUCUGAAAUUGCCAAGAACCAAGGAUAUACUAGUGAAUGGUCAAACAGUAAAAGUGAAGUUCUGUGACACUUGUUUGCUAUAUCGACCACCACGCGCUUCUCAUUGCUCCAUCUGCAACAACUGUGUGCAAAGGUUCGAUCAUCACUGUCCAUGGGUUGGUCAGUGUAUUGCAUUACGUAACUAUCCGUUCUUCGUAUGUUUCAUAUCGACAUCAACCUUCUUGUGCAUAUACGUGUUUACCUUCUCGUGGAUCAACGUUCUUCGACAAGGAGGCAAUCUCUGGAAGGCCAUGUCACAUGAUGUCCUCUCAGUUGCUUUAAUAAUAUAUUGCUUCAUCGCCUUCUGGUUUGUCGGCGGGCUCACAUUAUUCCAUCUUUACUUGAUUUGUUCCAACCAGACAACCUAUGAAAAUUUCCGCUACCGCUACGAAAAGAAGGAGAAUCCAUAUAACAAGGGAAUGCUACAAAACGUUAAGGAACUUGUCUUUGGCAAGAUCCCACCUUCAAUGAUCGGCUUUCGAACUUGGACAGCAGAAUACGAUACCGGUGGAUCCGUUACCUCCGAGUUUGAACAAGGCUAUGUGCGUAAAUUUGACAUAGAAAUGGGAGGCUCUCUUCGGAAGGAGGGCGAACCUCAACUUCCAAGCAUUCUGCAGAGGUUGGAUUAUAGUGGCCUUGACGAGAAGUUGAAGAGAAAAGAGAGAGAGGGAUCUGCUGCAUUCGAUCCGCUCUUCUUGCCCGCUCAUCUAGAUUCAAAGUGUCCAAAGCAGCAACUGGGUAAUGGGCUCAAAAUCAGUUCAGGUCACAGAAUAGUGGAUACAGGCUCCCAUCAAAUUGCAUCAAUCAGUCCACUGAGAUAGAAGAGGUACUGUGUUUCUUCCUUCGCUUCCUAGACAUGACUUCAUCUCCGUAUGAAGCAUAUGAAGUUUUCAGGGGCUAAGUGUCAAAUGAAGGAACGGAAAGGAAAAGUUUGCCCGCAAAACGCAGCCUAGAGGUUUUCUGAAAUGCAAAGGAGGCUUCAUUGCACAAAAAAACCACGUUGCAUCCCCCUCAGUGGCACUUUUUUUUUUUAUUGUUUUGCUGCAGCUAACCCUCAAUGAUUUUGCUAUUUGUGGACUUCAUAUGCUGAGAUCCUGACUUUUGUGGAUUAGUAAAUUCAUUUGAUAAGGCUUGCAUUGUUGUUACCGUAG